AUUCGAUAUCUGUAGACGGCAGUGACAAGAUCAAAUUGUGUUAUUAUUUGAGGACUAGAGGUGCGCAAAUGACGAAUUAAACUGUCAUAUACUCGGAGUAAAUGUAAAAAGUGGAAGCUUUCAGUUAAGGAUAUAUUAACGUAUUGUUAAUGCAUAAACAUCAACUUACUCCCCACUGAGUGGUGCAGGAUGGCCACAAAUAUCAAUUUGUUCACCGACAAGGAGGCAACUAACUGGUUCAAAGCGUGCAUUGCACUCAAUGUAACGAAGGAGGGACUCACUAACUUUUUGGAAAAAGAAUUGCAAAAGGUUCACUCAGUCGUUGGUACAAGUUGCGGAAAGUGCUGCAUUGAAAAACUCAUAAAAUGUCCAACGCUGAAAUAUUGUAAAAAGACUAAAGGAAAUAAUUGUAUUUUCCACAAAUCACAGCAACCACAGCAUUGCCAAAUAUGCGAUAAAGUGAAACAGAAUAUCGUUACACUGCACAGAUACGGUGGGCCGUCCUGGAGGAACACUCAUGCGGAAAAUUGGGCUCACGAUUAUUGGGAAAUAGGCAAAUGCUUUCUCCCUCUGGACGGAUAUAGCAGUGUGUCAUCAGUCCAGGAAUCAGAUUUCAAUGGUGUGAUAAGCAUCAUGUUGAAUUGCCUUCAUUUCCAAACAUGUCUUUCUUCCGCGUGUAUAUCACCACCACCACCUGAUGAUGCAUGUCUUUUAGAGAAGGUCCGUCAGAUCGGCCGAGUUGUACGUCACACGUCCGACUGCAAGGUUACAGAUGCUGACCUGCAAGAGUAUUUCCAGACCCUGUCCACGCUCCUGGUUGAUCCAAACUGCUUACAACAUGAUCCCUCAAGUACGAUAGCAUGUGCGAGACUAAGAGAUUUGCAGAAUGAUCGAUUGUCCAUAAAAGAACUGGGCGAUCUGUUGAAAGAGGCAUAUCGAACGCUCGUUCUAGCGAAAGAGGCGGGCGAACGUUUUUCUUUGGAGGCUGAAAGAACAUUAGAACAAGUAACUAAGGCUGGGGAACGACGCCUUAAAAGCGCAACACAUGCUGGGCAACAACGCCUUAAAAUCAAGACUAAGGUUGGGGAAAGCACGUAUUUGCGAACAUCGCAUUGAAAGCAAGACACACGAUGCGGAAAGAUUUCUUGAAAACAAGAUACAGGAUGGGACACACCGCAUUGAAUACAAUGCUCAGAAUGUCAUUGUGCGCAUGCAACAGGCAUCAAUCGAAACUUCGCAAGUAGACUACGAACGGGGAGUAGCAGAUCUUCGCCGACGUUUAGUGGAAUAUUACCAUGACAUUUCGAGCAACGUGCCUCUUUCAGUUUUGGAUCAGAGCUUUGAUAAACGUAUUACAGAUAUUUAUUCUACGCCAAAAAUACACCUAAUUGACAUUGAAUAAGAUGGAACACGCGUAAAAAAGGAGCAAGUAAUGAAUUACGAACACAUAUUUUAUACACAUGAUAAGUUAAAUCGACGUAUAUACUUACAAGGCGAUCCCGGUAGCGGAAAGUCUACGUUUGCAGCGAAGUUAGUUCAUUAUUGGUCCCACCGAAAUCAGCCUUCAUCGGAAUCUCGCUCUGAAAAUUCAAUGUUUAAUGACGCUUUAAUCAUAAGAAAUUUUAAGUUUAUUUUUUUCAUCUCUUUAAGAGAUGCUAGGGGUCAGACCUGCGUUGUGCAGAUGAUACAGAAACAAUUAAUUGAUACAAUGUAUUCUGGAGACAAGCGUGCCAUCGCAUACCUACUUUUGCACCAAAUAAUAGAGACGGAACGGUGCCUCGUAGUACGAGACGGUCUAGAUGAAUGGGUUGUUCCUGACGGUAGUAACCUAGCUGAACCUUUUAUGGCGGAAUUUUCAAAUGACAGAUGCACAGUUCUUACAACUUCAAGAUCAUGGAAACUAGCUGAUGAACGCAUCAAGAAUUCGCAAAUCGAUAUUCUCUUAGAGAUCGAGGGGAUUGCAGAUCCUGAUAGUUUUACUGAAAGAAUACUGCGGUGCAUACUAGACAAGAGAAACUAUAUUGAAACAACUGCAAGUGAAAUCAAAAGCUUUAUACUAGAGAGUAAACUUACCUCAUUAUCGUUUUCACCGAUGCUGUACACCCUUGUUAUCUGCACAUGGGUAGACAAGAUGGGGGAGGGGGAGCGUUUGACAGGAUCGUCAUUGUGUGCAUUAUACACUACUUUUCUUGAAAGCCUUUGUAAAAAGGUUAAUGCUACACCUGGCUUCUUUAACGAUUUAAACCCAAUCGAGGUGAAGUGCUUUUCUAGCACAAGAUAUUUGCAGCCGAUCAUUCAAAACGUACAAGUCAUUUCAAAAGCUGCGUUUCAUCUUUUGUUUUCUACUGAAAAGGAAACGUCUAUUGUAUUCAACGAUCAUCAAUUGUCAAACUAUGUUUCAAAAUCUGAAGAGGAGUUCGCUCUAAAAGCAGGCCUUAUAUCAAAACGAAAAACUAAAAAAAUGUCAAAUGCGUCUAAUUCAUUUAUUCACAAAAGCAUGCAGGAAUUCCUAGCUGCAUUUCAUAUCGCUCGAAAUGCCCAUUUGAUUGAUGAGAUAAUUUCCGGAUACCUUACUCGUCAUAUGGAUGCAUAUCUGGACAUAUCCAAUGUGUUCAAAUUCCUAUGUGGACUUAACAUUUCUGCUGCAAAUAAGCUAUCUAACAUGAUGUAUGAACAAAUUGCUAGAAUGGUGGAUACCAAGCAUUUAGUUGCAUUCCGUUCGUUUCAAGGCAUCAUAUAUGCUGGAUACAGAGAAGCUGUUGCAAAUGAAAACACGGGCAUUCUUUUCAAACUCAGUCACUUCUGCGUCAAUAAUAACAACUUAAUUGACAUGUACAACAUAUGGACUGAUAACGUGUCAAAUGCUCAUGUCUUGGCAUUAGACAUAGACGACGUAACUGAUACUAACAUGCAUAGUUCACCUGCACAUCGUAAGCAGACAUCUCAUGUUGAGUUUAACCUGGCAUCCUGUCUUAAACUGAAAUCAUUGAAUCUGAAGGGAAGCGGCUUACGUUUGACAGAUUCAGCCAGUUCGGUUCCAUCGACACUGCCAGUGUGGAUUGUUCUACAUAUUGCAAACUCAACCCAGUGUGUAGAACCUCCUCCGAUACUUCCUAGCAUAGAACAAAUUGUUUUGGACAAGGUCACAUGUUCCUCUUCUUGGCUACGUAGUCUAUUUAACACACUUCUAAACCUCGAUCAUAAGGUGGAGUGUAAUCUUUUGAAUUGUGAAAUAACAUCGUGUAUUGAGGACGCAGUCACGUGGUCACCAACAACGGAGAUUGCAACAUUAACAUGUUUCAAGAAUACAUUAAAUGUGCUUUAUUUUGACAAUUUAAGCACCGGUAUAAGCACCGGUAUGUGUGUGGUUUUCCAUGGUCUGAAUAUCAAGUCCCUUCAUUUACGCGGUAAUUAUAGAGAUUUAAACGUGAAUCAUACUGAGUUAUUGUCGAGGUCACUUUCUUCGUUCACUCAUCUGACAGAGCUUAGUUUUGAACUGUUAGAUUACAGUCCCGAUAUGUGGAAAGUUCUAAAUGGUCUGAAUAUCAAGUACCUGAAUCUAAGUGGUCUGUUUGGGGGUUUAAACUUGAAGCAUUUAGAGUCGUUGUUGCAGUCAAUAUCAUCGCUUGGUCAUCUGGAGUGGCUUCGUAUUCAUAUAGAACAUUUCAGUAUCGGUCUGGUGAAAGUUCUUCAUGGCCUGAAUAUCAAAAGUCUUUAUCUGAUUGGUAUGUUUGGAGGUUUGAACAUACCUCAUGUAGAGCCGUUUUCGCAAUCGCUUGCAUCGCUAUUACAUCUGGAAACGCUAAGUAUUGAAGUAUAUGAUGACAGUCCAGGUCUGUGGGAUGCUCUCCAUGGUCUUAAUAUCAAGAGCAUGAGUUUAAACGGUUCGUUUGGACGUUUCAACGUGAAAAAUAUAGAGUCGUUGUCCCAGUCACUAGCAUCGCUCACUCAACUUGAAACGCUUAGUAUUUACAUAGAUGAAGACAGUCCCGUUCUAUGGAAGGGGCUCCAUAAUCUGAAUAUCAAAAGCCUCAGUCUGAGUGGUCGGUUCGGAUGUUUUAAUGUGAGUCAUAUAGAGCUGUUGUCGCAGUCACUAUUAUCGCUCAAACAACUGGAAACCUUUUCAAUAUAUGUCAAAACAUACACCGAAAUACAACUACCUCAAUCAUUGAAGUAUUUAAAUGUCUACUGCUGGGCAUUGCUUCCAUACGAAGUAAGAAAACUUGUGGGCACCCUAUCAGCACGUUAUCGGACAGUUGAGACUAAUCUGGAAUUCGGUUGUGCUUCUUCCGACGCUUCCACUUUUGAACGAAUCCCACUUAACGAAUACAUUUCCAUCCAACAGGAACUGGAGACACAGAAACAUUUGUUAGUGAAACGAUUUCGAAUAUUAGACCGGCUAUGUAAAACCGAUAUGUUUGAUUAUGAUGUCGCAUCUGCCUGCUCUGUGCGUGGUGUUGGUGAGGUCGAUGACGAUACUCAGGAUGCUGACAGCGUUCAAGAAGCUGCAUCUGAAAGAUUCGUAAGCGGAAUGAGUAAUGAAACAAUAAAUCGAAUUUCUAUUCGACUUCAAAUUACGCCAGCCUUAAACGCACGAAUCAUCAAUACAUGCGGUUCAAAAACAUGACGAAAAUGUGAAAAAUGCCUUGUUUCUAUCUGGAAUAGACUUUGUGGGCACAAAAACUAUCGCUAACUUAGAUAUCAUUCUUAUAUUAAUGCAUUUGGUUAUGUCAAAUAUUUACUGUUCGCAAGCACAAAUAAUCCAUGCAUGUUCGUGAAGUUGUUUUUUAUAAAUACUUUACUAACUACAUUUCUUUUUUUCAUAGUAUUUGAAGUACUGCUUUCAAAUUAUUUUGCUCCGCCCAUAACUAUUGCGGAACAAUGAAUGCAUGAGAUCCUUGCAUGUACUUGGCUAUACAAAUCAAAUCGUUUUCGUAUUAUAAUAAAUAAAAGAGCAAUACGUGUUAAAUUAAUUGCAUUUAAGACGCAAUUUUGAUCUUACAUUUUAACAUAAAAUUACUCUAAAACUUAUGGCAAUAAUUAGUAAACUGUUAAGAUGUGACACGAAAAGAUUGCCUAUCUUUAAUUUUCAGUAGGUUUCAUAUAAUAUUAAGGGACCUAAAUUAGUCUAUAAUAUCACGUUACACUAUUUAAUUUUGUAUUUUUAGCUCGACUAUUAUAUAUGAAAUAUGGAUAGUGGAGCUAUCCUACUCACCCCGGCGUCGGCGUGAGCGUCUGCGUUAGCGUUAGCGUCUGCGUUAGCGUGCACUAGUUAAAGUUUUCGUACUACCCCAAAUAUUUUCUUUGUCCCUUGACAUAUUGCUUUCAUAUUUUGCAAAUUUGUUAACCAACAUGAUCCCAACCUAUAAACAAUAGCAGACAACUAUAUCAAGCAUUUUAUCAUAAUUAUGGCACCUUUUCCACUUAGAAUAUUCAGCAAAUGUUAAAGUUUGCGUACUGCCCCAAUUUUUUUCAAUGUCCCUUGACAUAUUGCUUUAAUAUUUUGCAUACUUGUUUACCAACAUGACCCCAACCUAUAACAAGAGCAGACAACUCUAUCAAGCAUUUUGUUAUAAUUAUUGCCCCUUUUCCACUUAGAAUAUGUAUAUUAUUGAUAAAUCUAUGUUAAAGUUUGCGUACUACCCCAAAUAUUUCCUAUAUCCUUUGUUAUAUUGCUUUUAUUUGUUGCAUACUUGUUAACCAACAUGACCCCAACCUAUAAACAAGAGCAGACCACUGUAUCAAGCAUUUUGACAUAAUUAUGGCCCCUUUUACACUAAGAUAAUUGCACAUUUUGCUUUAAUUGUCAUAACUUCUUUGUUUAUGAUCACAUUUCAUUAUUACUUUGACAAAACAACACUUACCUAAAUACCACGAUGGAUUCCACCCAAACAAUAACCCACGCCCCUACCCAGAAUCCCUCCCCCCCACCCCCCCCCCAAAAAAAAAUAUUUGUUUU